UAAUAUAAUUGGCAAGUAUUGUCUGACAUAAGUAUCAUUAAAUAAACGUUUGCCUGAGGAGAUGUGAGUUAAGAAAAACAUUUAAUAGCAGUUAAAUUUUAAUAUGUUUUCUGUGGAUUAAAUAAAUUUGCUGUGGAUUUGCUUAAAAUCUGAUUUUCAUUGACAUUACUUGACGCUCACACGCGAUAGUUCUGCAAACACAAUAACACUAUAUUCACAUUUUUUUACUAAUACAUUCACACUUCUUUAAUUGCCUUCGUCACUGUCCAUGCUUUUUCGAAAAGCAAAUUUGUCAAAUGAUUUGACGUAACUGACCAAUUUGGCGACGUAUCGCUGUAACUCUCGAAAAAAAAAAAAUAAAACCGCAUAAGAGCGCACCAUUCGGAGAAAUCUAUUUCAAUUUGGAGAGUUUGCAAACUUGUAAAUUAUGGCGAAUUCUGCGAAUAGCAAAGAUGUAAUUGAGUUUGUAGAGGAUGCUGAAGACGAACGAAAGGCAAACGAAGAACUCUCGGAAGAGUUCGGAACUCACGUAUCCGAACGAGUAAAAUUGUAUAAGGCGGGCAUGAAAGGAUCAGCAUCGCUAGCUCAUCUAAGAAACAACAAGAACAACAACAUACGGCAUGUGGUACCUGUAGGCGUUUUGAUUGUGUUGUUUACUUUGUAUUUAACAACUGCUACCUUACAAUGCAACUAUGUGAAUAGAGAACAGGAAGGUCUUAGAUGCAAAGACGACGAUACUAUAUUGCAAAGUCAAGAACUACAAGCACUGGAAGCGGCUAAACGUGUAAGAAUACUCGAAAAGCUUUUGGAAUACAAAGAUCUUUGUACUGAGCUAGAGGUGUUUACGAAAGAUCUGCGUUGGACAAACGAAAUUUAUGACAAAUUAGAUCCGUUAAAGGAAUUUGAAAAUGAAUGGGAACAAUCGGCUAAAGGUUUUCUAGAUAUGAACAGUGGUAGUGGUACUGACGGUGAAGAGGAACAAGGUAGUUCCAAUAUUGAAGAGGUUGGAGUAGAACCUGAAGAUUCUCAAUUAGCUAAAGAGGAUAGCAAAUCAGUACGCCGGAAUGGACAAAACUGGCCACAUGGAGCAGUUGCAUUGAAAAAGAAAAAGGUUAAGAGCGAAAAUAAUAAAAAUAACCAUAGCAUUGGCAACAAUCCCAACAAUAAAAAAGAUCAGCCAAUAGCCAAGAAAACGAAUACGGCAGAACCUAUCAUUUAUCUAUUCGCGUUGGUAUUUAUUUAUUUACUAUUGAAAGCCGCCUCGGACAUAAAUCAACACUACAAAUCACAAAAUAAGGGAGGCAAACGGCUAAGACGUUGCUCUUUGCAGUCUUAUGCUCAGACUCACAAACAAGAUCGUCGUGCUUCCAAAGGGUCUCCGAAGAAAAAAUCAAACAGAGAAUUAAUACUGGAAAUGCGAUCGAUGUCCGUAGAUCGCUUCAAUGAUAACGCUGCGAAAAAAUCUGAAAUACUAGCCAACCUACGGAAAUACACAUCGUUUGAUGAUCAUAAUCGGCUAGAAAAUAUUGAAUACGGUGCCUUUCGUUUUCCACAUCUAACAACAUGGGAGGCCCAGAGUAGUGGGGCAAUUUCUCUCAAUCGUAAAGAAACUAUGUAUCCAAAAGUAUCUAACCGACGUUGCUCAGUACCAAUUUCACUAAAUUUUCAACGUCAAAAACUAUCGACUAUGACAUUAGUUCCUGCCUCGAGUAUGGCCCGCCGAACUUCUUUCUCAGGCGUUCAUUUUGGAACAGAGGCUUUCCUAGGCGGAUUACAAUUUGCUGAUCGCGGACAGGAUUCGCCCUUCCUCGAAGUCAAACGCCGUGUGCGUAUGAUAAAUCGACACUAAGCUGUUAGGCGAUUGAACAAAACAGAAAAGAUCCUUCUCACCACUGUCGGAUCUGCCAGAAUAACUUCAAAUGAUAUCUAACCAAGAACCAUCAGCCAGGAUCAUUCACAAAGUUUAUGGGGAAUCUCUUUUUAGUAAAAUUCAUUCAUUUCAUCAUGAACUUUACUUACAUAUGUAUAAACAUAAACCAAACAUAUAAAACCCCAAAACAAUUUAAUUUUAAGAUAACUUUAUAGGCUAUAACUAUGAAUUGAGUAUCGUAUACAUAUGUGCAUAUGUAAUAUAUGUCAAGUACAAAAAGUCCAUAUUAAUAAAUCUGUAUUUAAAGAUACUAAAGGAAACAUCGAUUUAAUGUUUUUAAAUGUUUUCUAAAAUAUUUGCUAUAGUUUAUUAAAAAUGUGAGUGUAAUAAGAAAUGUUUAUAUACAUCAUAUGUAUAUAUACACACAUAUAGUGUGAAGAUGUUUUUAUAUAACUGACCGAAACG